UCGGCUGCCAGUAGACGUUGCGCGUUCUUUUUGUGAUCCUUGAUCAUUGCAAGCUUUCGCAUCUCUUUCCGUCUGCCAGCUUGUGACUGCCCGUUCGCCAGCCAGUCGGAGCAAUGAGGAGCUGAGCGUGGAGGACCUCGCUGGACGUCUGUCUGUGCUUGUUGGCCCGCCCAGCGCCGGGCGAGGGAGGAGACUUUGUUGGCACUGGCACUGGCGUGAUCGUCUUACUUUUGCACGACAAUGUCCUCCUUCCGGCACUUCAAGCGGCGGAGGAUGUCUGCACUAUCAGGCGCCGGAGACGUGGACGACCUUGCAGCUGACGGCGCCUCCUCCGGUACCAGGCAUCGCGCAAGAGCACACUCUAUCACUUCUGCCUAUGGCAACAGCCUUCCCAGCAGAUCUCACAUUCAUAAUGUAAAUCACAGCAGCCAAUUACAAGAUGUCCAAUACUCCUCCUCUGGCGUUCGCGAGCAGACGGCAGAAUUGUCGUCGUCCUUCUUGGGCGACUCUGAAAUGGCAAAGCACUUCCAACAGCUGGAACCCAACAAGCAGCAGCUCUCCUCCGUGAAUGACCCCAUCGAAGAACAGAGCGAGCCAGUGACGCCGGACGAGCCAAGUGAGCACCGGGGAUCUGACUUUCCAGGCUUGUCGUCCUCUGGUAACGAUGCGUUGUUGAUAUACAAUGAGAACGGAACGAGGCCUUCUCAAGGCACGGGACUUCGCCGAUCAUCCACCCGUCAAUCACAAGCCAUUGAGGAUCAAGACGAUGCCGACACAUCAGCGAGAGUGCCUCUAUUGCCCCGCGAAAGGAUUUCCUCGUACCGGAAGCAGAGAUAUGGCACCACGCCGGAUGCUGAGGGUCAGCCAGUCGCCAGAGAAGGCGUCCGAGGGUUCUGGAACAGAUGGGUCCCACGUACUCCAUCUGUCAAUGCUGCCAAGCACAGCGUGAAGACCGUCGCAAACCCCAAGAGCUGGGAUGCUCGCAAGAUGUACCAGGCAGCGAUUGUGCAGCCCAUAAGCACUUUGCCUUCGGUUUUCCUGGGGCUGUUGCUUAAUUUAUUGGAUGCUCUUUCCUACGGAAUCAUCUUGUUCCCACUCGGCGAGGAAGUGUUCUCACAAAUGGGCGCCGACGGAGUGUCCAUGUUCUAUGUCAGCUGCAUUGUUUCGCAGCUGGUGUACUCUACAGGCAGCAUCUUUCGAGGAGGUGUCGGUUCUGAGAUGAUUGAGGUCGUUCCAUUCUUCCACAAGAUGACAUAUAUGAUUAUGGCCCGAAUGGGAACCGAAAAUCCGGAUGCCUUGAGAGCUACAGUCAUCACCUCAUACGCCAUGAGCUCUAUCUUGACAGGAAUCGUCUUCUUCGGUCUUGGAACCGCGCGACUGGGCAACCUCGUCUCAUUCUUCCCGCACUCCAUCUUGGUCGGUUGCAUAGGUGGCGUGGGCAUCUUCCUUUUCUUAACAGGCUUGGAAGUGUCUGUUCGACUAGACGGCAACUUAGAACCUACAAAAGAGGUGUUCGACAAGCUGAUUGCCCCAAUGAGUAUUGCUCAAUGGCUGCCACCUUUGGUGCUUGCGAUACUCCUUCUCGUCAUCAAGCGGUACUACGACAAGCCAUUCUUGGUACCGGCAUACUAUAUCGCCAUUGCCGCCAUCUUCUACAUCGUGACUAUCGCCGUACCGUCGCUCAACAUGGAGAAGUUGCGCGAAGCUGGAUGGGUGUUUGAAGGCCCAGCUGCUGACACGACCUUCUACAACUUUUACAGCUAUUACCAGUUCAGCAUCGUGGAUUGGAAGGCUGUCAUCAUGACAAUUCCUUCUCAGCUGGCCUUGUGCUUCUUUGGCAUCCUACAUGUGCCGAUCAACAUCCCGAAUCUGGCCAUGAAAAUGCAGGAAGACAACGUGAGCCUCAAUCGGGAGCUGAUCAUGCACGGAGUCUCCAACACGCUGUCAGGAUGCGUUGGCAGUAUCCAGAACUACUUGGUCUAUGUGAACAGCGUACUGUUCAUGGAUACUGGUGGCGACUCUCGACUCGCUGGCUAUAUGCUUGCCGCAGCAACGACCGUUCUUUGGAUGAUCGGACCUGUUGUCAUUGGUUACGUACCAGUGAUUGUCGUGGGGACACUUAUCUACUACCUAGGAAUAGACUUGGCGAAAGAAGCACUCUGGGACACGCGUGGAAGAUUGGCCAACCUGGAAUACUUGACGAUCUUCGUUAUCGCCGUUGUCAUGGGUAUCUAUGACUUCGUCGUGGGCGUUGCCAUCGGCAUCGGCUUGGCAUGCCUGGUCUAUGUCGUGCAGACGUCAAGAAAGUCUGUAAUCCGAGCAGAGUUCUCCGGCGAGAUUGCCGAGUCAACGGUGCGCCGUCAUGCCAGGCAACGGGCAUACCUUCAUCGCGUCGGACCUCAGAUUCGGGUUGUCAAGAUUGCAGGCUACCUGUUCUUCGGCAGUAUCGUGGACGUGGAGAAACGAGUCCGUGCAACUAUAGACGCGGAGACUUUUGCUCAGGCGCCCAUUCGAUACCUGGUAUUGGACUUCUCCCACGUUACCGGCAUUGACUUCUCAGCAGCAGAGGCCUUUGGACGCAUGCACCGCAUUCUUAGGCGAAGGGAUGUAGAAUUAGUCGUUGCUGGGGUCAACCUCACCGACGAUGUUGGACGCAAUCUGCAAAGAGAUGGCCUGUUUGAGGAGAGCGACGAGACCCCGCCACCGAAAGUGUUUGAGAACCUGAAUGGUGCUCUGGAGGCGUGCGAAAAUGCCCUUCUCAUCACACUGACGGAGAAGCAGUCGCAGAGCUUGAGAACAGGCGGAGACUCUCCUCCGAUGGCAAUUCCCGAACAGCACAAGCCAUCGCCAAUUUCUCAAUUAGACAGCAUUGUGGGCUCACCGCGUGCAUUUGCUCGACAUGCGGCCGCCGCGCAGACCAUCACAGAGGUGAACCAACCCGAGCAAAACAGGUGGCAGAGUCUCAAACAGCCUUUGCCGCUGAUCUUGCAAGCCUUCCAGGACUUGACAACCAAGACCGAGGACUUCUGGUUCCGAGCAGUUCCAUACUUCGCGAGGAGAGAAUUGACGAAAGGGCAGCUCCUAUACAGGAAAGGCGAUAAACCGGAUGGCUUCUACCUCCUCCAAUCUGGACUGCUUCGUGCGGACUACUCGCUCGAGCAAGGCAAUUACUACGAAUCGAUUGUGGCAGGCACGACGUGCGGAGAACUGCCAUUUUUCAGCGAGACCGAAAGAACAUGCAGCGUCUACGCCGAAACGGAUUGCAUUGCGUGGCUGUUGACCCCCGAGAAGUGGGAAGAGCUGCAGAAAAAGGAUAGUGAGGUGGCGCAGGAAUUGUUGAAGGUUGGUAUGAAGCUCAGUGCGGAGCGGAUGAAUGCUAUUACUAGUUAUGUGUUGAUUACGGCGAGUUGAGCGGAGAUUCUGUGAUAAUUAUUGAUACAACAUAUUGGAGACGAGAGGGAGCUCAAGCUCAGGCCAGGUUCGGUUGGAAAAAUGGCGGGAUAGUUGCUUGGAAAGUUGUGAUUCUCUCAGCGAGGCGUUGGCGGUUUCGCGGAACGCACGUGGCGACUGCACUGUUGCUUGGUGAUACUAUGGAACCGGCGGUAGGGGCUGUUUGGAAGCGGUUGUUGCGGUGCUGCAGCUCAAGCGGCUGUACCAUGCAUCGUGCUCGGAAUCGACAAUUGUGCAGUGCAGUAUGGUGACGUGUGGGGAUGGAAGUGGUAGAACUACAUAUCGUUAUCCUAGACCCAAUUUUUCCGGAGCAAACUCCAC